AUGGCGCCUGCUUUGACGAGAGUUCAAAUUCUUCAUGUCGGAGAGGGGCUCGUGCAUCAGGGUCCUAAUGGUGAGGUGGAGGGGGCCAUGUGUUAUUGUGCCAUUGAUGAACCUCAGUUGGAGAAGCUUCACUCAGCAGAAGCUGUAACAGGGAGGGUUACUGAAAUGGCACUCAGACCCCACCACGCCCUGUGGCCAGAAUAUGGCACUUGCAACUUGAGAGUGACAAGCUGGUCCCUGUUGGACUUAGAGAUUGGACUUAACGGUGCUUCUAUAAAUGUUGUGUGCUUGAAAGGAGUGAGCUGCAUUGCCUUGAUUCUGGAAUUUAGGUUGUCAAAACAAUGUGCUGAGUUAAAAAAUGCAGCUUGGCCCUUCAACAGGAUUUUACUAAAGGGUGAGAGUCCUCUAACAGCAUCAUCACUCUGCAGGUGGGGGUUUCCUGGACCCGUGUGUGUUCAAGUUUCACUGAUCUACGCCCCCCUCCUACUCCUCUGUUUGAUAUCUGCGGACCUGAAGGACGUGGGUGAAGGGCCAGUGGAGGUCAUCACAGAGAGCUCCGCCUGCAGCACCACUUGUGGAAUUGGUGUGAAGACACAAACGCUGUGUUUGUUGACAGACGGUGCAACAGCCGUGGAAGAAAAUAGAUCGACUGAACCUAAAGUAUCAGGUGAGUGUCGUGUCCGUAAGGCGGCGUGUCUGGACUCGUGGCAGUGUGGACUCAGGACCAUGACCGUCACCUCAGGACAGAAAGUGGAGAUUGACUGUUUGGAAGAAGUCAUGGAGGCAAUGGGGAAGUUCUCCUGGAGAGUGUCAUGGCGCUAUGCUCGAGGAAUCAUCAGCUCUGACGACUCUCUGUUUGACCGCUGGAACGCCCCUCACCUGGAUCGAGUGGUCCUGGAGCCCGUCCAAGAGAGCGAUGCAGGGACAUAUCGCUGCGAUGUGCAGGACACCACCUUCCGCAGAGUGAAGAGGAUUUAUUGGGGGAUCCGGGUUUUACCUGAAGGAGUCAUGCACCUGGACUAUGACAGCUCUGUAGCCCAGUGGGAACCGGCUGACAGUCAGCAGAACCUGGACGGGUUUCACCAGAACACAGGACGCAUUCUUCUUUACGCGGCGGCGUUUGGUUUGAUCCUGUCAGCCAUUUGGAUCGGACUGCUGGGCCUCUGCAGGAAGACACAAAGGAUUUUUAACCGUCACUCAAACCAUUUAUUUUAUUAAAGAAAGUCUCUUAAACAAA